AUGGAGACCAUGGCUGUGGACCCGUUUAUUGAACGCAGAGAGCUAGUUGAGUGGUCUAUAGCAGUGACCUUACAUGAGACUAAGGAUUUGAAGUGCGUCGGACAAACCAGUACUCUACCUAAUCAGUGGCACUCUAUUCGGUUGGGCACUCAAGAGACCCAAACACCGGUCCGUCAAGCUGCAGCGUCAACGGCUUAUGAUCAGCAUUCUAGCUUCCACUUGAAGGCGACGAUACAUGAUUUGGGCUGUCAUUUAGUAGAGAUUACGUCGUAUCACAAAUUUACUUUGAGUUCCGAAGUGAUUGGAAAAUGUUCGAUAUGUCCUCGAACGAUUUACGAGCGAACCGGUCGGAGUACUAUUCAAUUCUGGCAGUCUCUCCUAAAUCCAGAAGACCCGACCAUGGACGUAGGGAAAAUAUGCAUCUCUGUUAGUGUAAAAUCAGAUCGAGACAAUGUUCGAUUGGCAAAUCAGGAUGGUAUCAGCUCAUCAUCCGCAUCAAUACAGUCGUCGCAGAACUAUAAUCUUCUUAUCAAUAUUUACAAAGGACAAGACAUAGCUACUACCCGGCUACUGGGACAGAAUAUUAGUGAGCCGUUUAUCGAAGUACUUCAUGGCAUAAACCGCGCGCACACACGUGUUAUACCGCUCAAUAGUAAUCCGGAUUGGAACACCCAACUCUCUGUUCCGGCGCAGUUGCCCGCGCUUGAUGGAUAUGUCAGAAUAGGCUUGUAUAAUGGUUCGAAGGCACCAGUGCUCUUUGGCUACCAUUUAAUUUCGCUGGAGACCAUUUUGAGUGGUUCUUUAAACCAUAAAAUGAUGUGGAUAGACUACUACUGGAACCAGCCGACAUCUGAGUUGGAGAGCCAGUGGAUGAAUAUGACGACGAUGGCUACCGACGCUUUUCAGGCAGUGACUAUGACCCAGGAUUCCGUCUGUUCGAAUUACGACGAGACCCCGCCUCAGCUGGUGAGUCCGAACAGUUAUGUUGGGCGGCUGCUUAUCCAAAUAGCAGUGCGCAAUGUUCAUAAGCCUUCUAAGGUAUUGACAUCGUCCUGUGGCAUGGCGCCUUUACCUGAGACACAUUCUUAUGAGUUGCAUGGACAAAUCUUUGAGAUUGCUUCCACGGUGGGUAACGUUGGGCCCUUGAAGGUGGAGCUUGCAGUCGGUCCUAUUAAGUCCUUUUCUGGUCUUGUAAGCCACACAUCAGAAGAGGGCUAUCGAUUCCGGUCGGAGGCAGGUGAAGGGCAUUUAGAUCCUCUUCACCUGAUGGUAACGGACAUGAAGGAUGCCUGGUUGGCGUUCAUUUAUCUGCAUUCGUCUACUCCGAGCAACUUGUUGGAAGAAUUUGUCAGCAACGCGGCUGGAGCUAUCAUGCCUACACCUCUGCUGGGCGGUCUCCUUGGGGCGCCCGGGGCUGCGGCAGGAGCGGGGUUGCUUGACAGCGCUGCAAACUUAUUUGGAGGUGGCGGUAGUGGAGGGGCUACAGAGUUGCAGAGAAUUGCUUACACAUAUCUUACUCUGCAGCAGAUAACGGGUUAUGGCUCUAAGCCUGUCUGGAUUCCUCUUAAAACUCUGGGGACAGAGACCAGCGCCUUUAAGAUACUGGCACGUUUUGUCUUAGCAGAUACCAAGGCCGCCGAGAUACCUAGCGGGCUUCCUCCUAGUUCGGUAGCUGGAUCCAUCCCCAGUGGUACAGGACCGGUUCGAUCAGCGGUUCCGUCAGCGGCUCCGGUCUACAUUGACAAGGCAUAUAAUGCACGGAAGUAUAUUUUCCGCUGUUUCUUGUACGAGUUAGCUAACUUGAAAUGCACAUCUUCCGGUCAACUGCCGUCACCUUAUGUGAAGAUUGAGUUGGGUAGUGACUCGUGGAUUACCCGUGAGAUUAUUCAUUCAUGCAAUCCGCAGUUUUAUCAAUCUUAUGAGAACGUGGUCAAGUUACCUGAUGAUAUAACCUUGGCCAAUGACAUCUCAAUAUCCGUCUACAACAAGGCAAGUGUGCGUACGUCGCACAGUGCGCUACCGCUCAACCUGCAAGCGACGGGCAUUUUGGGUUCGGGUUAUUCCGAUGAGUUGGUUGGAUCGACCACCUUUAGCAUAUCUAAAGUUCCAAAGGCUUGGGCGGAAGCCCCGGUGUGGUUAUCGUUAUCUCUUGAGGGAGAGCCAGCAGGUCGGAUUUUGUGCGCUUUUGAAAUUCUGAAUAUAGAGGAACAAGACCAGUACCCAUACUACGAUGACGUGAGACCAUCUACAUAUGAAUGUUCGGUUCUGCUUUGCGUGUUCGGUAUCGUCUCAUCUACUCCGUUAUUUUUGCCGAAGGUGAAAGUAGCGUAUGGCCGAGACGUGAAAGAGUCGGACAAUCACCUAUGGUCGGCGUUCUCCAGUGCGCCUUUGAACACGGUCCAAGGUACUUCUGGGGGGACGGCGAGUGCGGGAUUGUGUUACGAAUUUAAUCAGAACUUUCAAGUGGACCUACAUCUGCCGAAGAGAUCUUUCCACUUUGCCUACCUGGAAAUAUAUGUUUACAAUGAUAACCAAUACAAUGAGCCUGCUCUUCUCGGUAUCCUGCCGCUGAGCCAGUACAUCCCAUGGUACACACCGGUGGAACGGGAAAUAGCCCAAGAGCUGUUCGCCCCCGUUUUCUACGACGACGUAGCUCGAGACGGUCAGGGACUUGGUCGCAGUUUGGGUCUUGAUCGAGACUUGGGUGGCCUAUUGCAUAACGCAAGGGGGCAUAAAUCCGGCGAGGACGACAAUGCGCUCGCGGACGACGAGCUCCGAUCGCACGCACGACCCGCCAACGCACGUGUGUGCGAUAGCAUGCUCUUCGUCGCACCUGAGACUGCCGAGCGGGUACAUAUAGAUCCGCCAGGCAAGAUCAUGGACGAGGAGGCGGACUUUUAUGUGCCCAAGGGCAUAGAUGGCCAGGCGUUGGUGCGUAGCUACAAUGUCAAGUCGCUCAUGUUCAACAUGCGCGCCAAAGAAGAAACAGACCUAACCGACGACGAGCGCAAGGAGCGCAUCAGCGGUCCACUGGAGGAUUUCAUGGACAUGGGCCAGUUACCAUACCAAACAGUCAGUCUCGUGCAGCCUUCCCCAGGCGUGUUCCCGGUGGCGACGGGCAAGAUUAAGUUCAACGUGCUUAUCACGCAGCACACCGCCGCCGACCAAGAAUCUGCGGCCGGAGGCGGCCGUCCCAGUGCCAAUGCCGUCGGCCGGGGGAGCACUGGCGGGCGCGGUAGUGAACGCCUCAACGAGUUCCACAAGAAACGUAAAGCGGGGACGGACUUGCACGCCAACAACAUCGAGGUGCGUGUUUAUUGCUUAUCUGUACAGGAUGUAAAGGCGUCGACAAGUGUAGGUCUUUCUACAGAGUUCUAUUUGACCCUGGACUUUCCCGGCAACGCUAGCAGUGAGGCCUCGGUGUUUGAUCGAUCUAAUGCGCGUAGCGGUAACUUAAAUCCAGUUUUCAACAAGUGCUACCGCUUCGUCGUGGACCUACCUAGCAUGGGGGCAUUGCGCAUCCGUCUGAUGCAGACGGGCACGCUGCAGGACGAGGAGGUCGGCGGAACCGUGGUAAAUUUGCAGGACCGUUGGUGGCUGCCGGAGUACCGACAUAUGGUCGCCGCGAAUCAGGUUCCGAUAGAGGCGCGCGUCCUGAGACGCCACGAGAGCGCUUCGGCAGGUCUAGGCCAAGGUUUAGGCCAAGGCUUGCUGGGUUCCACGGGACGUCUUCACUCGGUUACGGGUGUGCUCAGUUGUUGGGUCGAAAUGCUGACGGCGGCGGAGGCGCAGUCGAUGCCUGUGGCAGUCCUGUCUUCAUCCGAGCCACAACCACACCAACUACGAGUAGUUGUUUGGCAGCUUAAGGAUUGCCAGAUGGGCAAUACGAGUAGUGUAAGUCUCAAUGUGUCCUGUAGCUUCCGACACCUCGAUGACUCCUUAGAGGCACAGUGGACCGACACUCAUUACAACUCACGAGACGGUUCAGCUACCUUCAAUUGGCGGAUGGUUUUUAGCAUCUUCAUUCCCGCCCGCUUUUCUACAGUUCAAUUCUCGAUACACCACCACUCGCUGAUCGGCGUCGGAGACCUGCUUGGGACUUGCACAAUCGAUCUCCAGCGCGACUUUGCGCUCGCGCAGAGACGCAAAGAUGAGUACACCAUACCCCGCACAUGGACUAAGUGCUACCAUCCUAAUGAGCCUGACGUGGUCCAGGGACAACUUGAGUAUGAGAUCGCUGUAGUCUCACAAAAUGACGCCACUGCUAACCCUGUUGGAAAAGGCAGAGAAGAACCUAACCGUAAUCCCUACCUAGAUCCCGUCCUCGAAAAUAGAGACUACGUCGACUGGCAAGGACUCGGACAAAGCCUUCAAAACAUAGCUGCAAGUAUCACCUGGACCACCAAAUGGUUCCUCUACAUUGGCGGCGCACUCCUCCUCUUAUUCACCAUCGUCUAUCUGAUCCUCGCUUUCAAGUAA